CCUUGUUGAGUCUUUGAGCAAUUUCGCCCAUCCACGACCGGUUUUCCCUUCAUUGUUCUCUUUUUUUUUGUCUUCCUGAAACCGCUGGACAAGACCCUCCUAACUAUACUACGCUGUGGUGAUUUAGCUCGUCCUGUUAAGUUUCUUUGGUAAUCCUGUGCCUUCUACACCGGAAGCAUGAAGCGCAUAGUAUUGGAACAGCAUCACGACGGCACCAUUGACUCUCAGGGCCACUCUGCAACCCCUGCAAGUCCAAAUCCAGAACAGCCCCAGCCGAGGACUCCCACACCAUCAUCAUCAAGGCAACAACGACAACGACAGACAAUUCCGCCCGAGUUGAUAGAAAUUGUCGUACCUUCACUUAAAGUUGGUGCAGCCGCCGGCGCGUGCGGUAUAUUUGCUGGUGCCACAGCCGGGAUCAUACGGUCUGCGCCAACCGUGUUGUUUUCGGCCUUCGCGGGAGUACAGUGGUUUACGCUCGGAUUUAGCUAUUAUGGGGCUCGGCAGGUUGCCCUUAACUACUUUGGUGGGAGGGAAGCGGAAACUGCCCCGAGGGACAAGCUCAAGGCCAGCACUGUGGCAGGCGGCUUUGCUGGCCUGUCGGGCGGUUUAUUAAGGGGGCCAAGAAACAUUCUUCCAGGUAUCUUGAUGUUCUCACUGUAUGGGGCAGGAGGCCAGACCGUUUUGAACUGGAUGGAUGCAAAGAGAGCUGCUAGGGCCGCCGAGUCCCCGUCGACACAGAGCAACGGCUUCUGGUCAAGGUGGAGCCCCCUUAAACGGCUUUCGGACCAGGAUUACGAGAAAAUUCUCGAGGAGAGACUGCUUGGGGUUGAAGCUGACAUUGCAAUGGUGGAUGACCACAUCAGGGAGCUUCUUGAGUCUGAAAAGAAGGCGAAGGGAGGAUCUCCUGGAGCUGACAAGGGUAGCUCAGUGCCGCCGGAUAGGGAGUAAAGAGGUGCAGAGCUGCCCUCCCAAGAGUGGGGGUGGGGCCUCCCUAUAAACUACUCUGUAUCUGCCAUCUUGGUGCAAAUGUAAUACUAUGUAUGUCCGUCCUCAGCAGGUUCGGCGGGCGAAAGGGGCUGGGAUUAUUGAACGUUGAGCACCACAUUCACAGAUGUAUUCGAGUGCUCCAUGCCUCUUAUUGCACUUCUGUGCCAUUGAACGAUGGCAGUAUGGCGAAGCCCACAUCUGACAACUGAGGGGACUUAGGGGGAGCUCAUACACUGACGUGGUAUGUGAUGAGAUGGUUCCACUGAUUUCUGGCAUGAAAGCUCUAGUCUAAACCUGGGAUUGCUCAUUGCAGACAGAUUACAAUCGGACAUGUCAAUGUGUACUGUACA